AUGCAGAUUUGGGCCCUUGAGUAUGAAGCGGCCUCCUCGUCCCCGCCAAGCAAGACGCUGCGGCGGGGCGACGUGGCGGGCGUGCUGCGGGAGCUGCGACGCGACUAUGCCAGGCAGUACUUUGUGACGGCGCUCGUCACCGAUGCCAUCUACGACCCAGGCUGCUACUUUGCCGACCCAACCGUCAGCUUCAGAGGGCGGGAUUUGUACAAGCGCAACCUCGCCCUGCUGGUGCCCUUCUUGUGGGAGCCGGCCAUCCAGCUGCGCUCGCUGCGGCGCCUGCCGGCGCCCGCGCCAGGCGGCAGCGCGCAGCUGUUUGCAGAGUGGCGGCUGAGCUGCUGGGUGCGGCUGCCGUGGGCGCCGUACGUCGACAUCAACGGCACAACCACGUACACACUGAAUGCCGAUGGGAACCAGAUUGUGCGUCACGUGGAGCAGUGGGAUGUGAGCGCCGUGCAGGCGCUGCUGCUCCUGCUGCGGCCAUCUGAACGGGCUGUGUGGCGGCAGCGCGGCAGCUGA